CUGAAAAGAUGAAAGUUUUGUUACCAAGGUUAUUAAGUGACUAUAUUUUCGAUGUUUAUUUACGAUAUGUCAAAUUUUGAUGAAUUCUUUGUAGCAAUUUUGAUGGUCAUUGAUGCAAAAAAUAGUGGAAUGGAUAUAUUACUGGAUUUCGACUGACGUUAUUUACAUUUUAAAAAGAUGCACGAAAUACGAAAAUAGUUUAAAUAAAAACUUGAUUGUUAUUGUGAAUUAACCGUGUUAUUCGGGCAUUUUUAUGUGAACAAAGUGUUUUCUUAUAUUAUUUAGGAAGUGAAAUUUUAGAAGUGGAAUUUGAACGUCAACUUUUUUGUAUACAUUGUGUAAUUGGAGGUGUCAUGCUAUUUUAAGUUUGGAUUUACAAGUUAUUUCAUUAUUUUUCCUGUAAGGCAUUUCUUAGAUGCUGGGAAUAACUUAAAUAUUUUAGCUUUUGUGUUAAAGUAAACAAAAAGAUCUAGCAAAACAGUUUUUGAUGUUUUACAUUUGGUGUAAGAGAUUUUGAAUUUGUCAUUUUUACUCGGGGUUUUAAUCCAUUAUGUACAUUAAUUAUACCAUUAUUUGUUAUUAUAUUAGUUCAAGUAAUUAGUUUAUACAUGUAAUAAAACUGCAGUCUCAGUCACUUAAAAAAUGGCAUAAUUUUAAAAUGAUUUAUAUUAAUAUUAAUAAUCUGCAGUUAAUAUUGUACAAGAAGUCUUUAGCUGAGACUAUAAAUAAAUACAAUAUAUUGCAAUGAUAUUAAUAAGAUAACUAUUAUAAUUGGUUUCAGUGAGUAAAAGUCAGUGACAAAAUUUGAUGAUGGAUUAUGAUAUGAUAUGAUCAUUGAAGCAAUAUAUUGAGUUUGUGGGAAAACUGUUAAUUUUCAUACCAUAAGCAAACAAUCAUGAACAAAAUCAUGGGAUAAUAAUUUAAUAAGUGAAUGCAUGAUGACUGUGAAAAGUGAAACGAACAUGAAGGAUAAAACGGUUACCAUGGAAACUGUGGAAUAUGACAGAAAUGGGCUUAUUGUCCCAUCGCGGAAUAACAUGGUGCUCAAAUUUAGUCAUUUUCCAUUUAAAAGACUGCACAAAAAGACAAGUGUGGAAAUUGAGAUGCCGGCAGGCUCGAGCAGCGAAACAGUCGGAACCCAGAGCUCAUACAAUCCUUUAGGAUCCCACGUUGGCCAACAUGGUCGAAACAAAACAGGAAACACAAAAUAUGGCGGAACAGACGCUUGGUGGAGUGCGGGUGAUUUUUUGCAACCUGAAAUUGCAUCACCCCAAAGUGAGGUGUCUUCAUUUGGAAAAACGAACGAUGAUGAUACAUGGGAUUUGUCAGACUCCAUCGUUGACCUGUACAAGGAGUCUAAUAGGUAUGAUGGAGUGCUAAAUCAGCCGCCGAGUGGUCGUACAGGAAAUGUGGAUGUACAGGAAUGGAUACAAGAGGACACAAGUAACGGUUUUGUGCAUGUGUUUAAAUCUGAUACGGAUAGAAAUCCUCGAUUAUUUCCAUGUACCCUUACCACGACUGCUCAGCGAUUGUGUAUUCAGUGCGGAAUGCCACCAAAUUCGUUACAUGUGCAGAUGAACGGGGAUAUUAUUCGCAGAUUGGAACCCUUUGAUAGUCCACUGGCCAUUCAGAAUGAGUACCUGCAGAGUAUCGGGUACUCUGAUCAGAGGAAAAUUCAAGAAAUUGGUGCGCAGGAAGACCUCUGCUAUCUAGUCAAGUAUUAUGCAGGCAAGCCUGUCUCAGACAGUACCUAUUCGAGGAACCAGCUAACGUCGUUCGCGUACGUCCGUAAGGGGAAGCUGCUCCAUCAGUGGUCGCGACGACUGUGUGUCAUCAGUGGAACGCGCCUUCUUAUCUACAGAGACAAAUCCAAGUCAGGGAAACCUACAGUUGUUCAAUUAGCGAAGGGGUCAGUUGAAGAGGUCAAGAACAUUAAAGCUCAUGACCAUGUGCUUAAGUUGACCUCGACCUUGCAAGGUGAAAGGUCAGUGUAUCUGUCCUUCAGUGAGGACAAGGAAUACAACAAAUGGAUCAGGAAGUGUAAAAAGGCCACUGCCAAGCUCCCAACAAAGGCUGACCUCUCAAACUGCCACCUGGAGUUUUUACCGGAGACUGUGUUCAUUAACGAUGGUCUGGAGAUCCUGAAUCUGCGACACAAUGUCCUCAAAGAACGCCCCAUAGAAGAAGACAUCUACACCAUUGGUUGGCUCGAUGAUUUGCCCAGGUUAACUAACUUGCGAAGCCUGAAUCUGGCAGACAACAAUCUGAGUUGCUUCCCUUUGGCUGUGUGCCGACUUCGGAUGUUGACAGAACUGAAUUUGGCUAGUAACAAAAUAGAGGACGUACCACCUACCAUAGUUGACUUGGAAAACUUACAAAUUCUCCAUCUGCACAACAAUCAGCUCGCCUACUUGCCGGAGGAGAUGAGUCGAAUGCGAAACCUUCUCGUUCUUGUUUUGGCGUUCAACCAUUUUACCUCCAUUCCCGCUGUGCUGCAACAAUCGACCGAGUCAUUGCUCAGAAUCGACAGUUUAAUCAUGGCGGGAAAUCGUAUCGAAAAACUACCACACGAUGUGCUCAGUAAAAUUCACCAUAUCAAAAAGAUUGAUUUUAGGAUGAAUAGAUUGACAUUGACACCUAGUGAAAUGGCCAAAUUCCAUUUGUUGGAGCUAGUGACGCAUUUGGAUGUUCGUGAUAAUGCUAUUACAGAACUUGAUGUGCGACCAUUGCGAAAUUUGGAGUAUCUGAAUUGUGAACGGAAUAACAUUCAUAAUUUGCAAGUCAGUGGAUGUGCCAUAAAAACCGUGUUUGCCAUGAAAAAUGAAUUGACGUCUUUCAACAUCAGUCCCAAGCCAGAGUGGCUGGUCACACUGGAUCUCUCGUACAACAGGCUUGAAAGCAUCCCUGUUUGGAUCAGCGACUGUUUCUUCCUUGUUAACUGCAAUGCUAGUCACAAUGCCAUACGCUCACUGCCUGACAGGCUCCUGUGUGGAUCCCCAAAACUAAGGGUGCUUAGUCUGAGCCACAACCAGCUGACGUCCCUGCCAUCUGAGGUGGGAAACUCUGUCCUGGAGGAAAUCAGUGUGGAGCACAAUCACCUUGACCAUCUGCCAGAGUCACUUUUUGUUAACUUGCCAAAAUUGCGGUUUAUCUGCUUGACCAACAACAGACUGGAGACAAUUCCGGAACCAAACCAAACCGGAUAUCAGAAUAAACUACAAGAGCUUUACUUAUCAGCCAAUCGGCUGGAUGACAGUGUUGUUCCACGUAUUACAUUGUUCCAGAAGCUCAAAAUUCUGCACCUUGCAUACAACCAGAUCACUGAGAUCCAUGAUAGGGAUCUUCGAAAACUAGAGAACCUUCAAGAACUGAACAUAUCGGGGAAUUACUUGCGUCAUCUGCCACGUUGUGUUGGUCGCCAUAGUAAACUCCAGGCUCUACGCUCUAAUGCUAACCUCAUAAAGGAACUACCAGAUUUCCGAUACUCUCCAAAUCUCAAGGUGCUUGAGGUUGGAUCCAAUCGACUUAUGGACGUCUCAGUGACAAAUCUAAUGGCUUCCAAUGUCAACCUUCUCGACAUUUCUGGCAACCCUGAAAUGCAGGUGAACAGUGCUGAACUGAGAGGAAUCAAGUCGAAGAAGAAAGUAUGUAUGGUGGACAUUAAAGGCCAGAACCGUUCUCUCCUGGACCUGAGAACUGCUGGCCUUGAUGACCUUGACAUUCCCUGGCAAUCGGGACUGUCCCAGACAUCGGGAAUGAGGAACAAGUUGUCUGUCAGCAUAGUGAACAGACCCAAAUUCAAUGAAGGCAAGGAAGGAUUCUUUGCUCUCUUUGAUGGAGGUAGAAAUGACGAAGUGAUCCGACUAUUAGCCAAUCAGAUAACAGGAUUGAUGGAGGUGGAGUCACAGCAUCCAAUCACAGCACAUGAUUAUCUGAAAUACACCAUUCUGUCUGCUCACAGGAAACUCAAACUAACUGGUCAGAAAAUAGGAGCUGCUGCAGCAGUUUGCCAUAUCCAACGGCCCAGCAGCGACAGGGGACACUACACGCUGAACAUUGCCAAUGUUGGUGACAUUGAAGUGGUCCUCUGUCGCAGAGGGGAGGCGAUGGUCAUGAGCAAGCUUUUUACUGUGGAUUCGAAUAAGAAAGAGAUGGAGAGGAUUGCAAAAUCUGGGGGAAUUGUAACAGAGGACAACAAGAUUAAUGGAGUGACCCAAAACACCAGACUUCUUGGAUCUAGCUAUUUGUUCCCAUUUGUUGUCCCUGAGCCCCACAUUACCAAGACAACCCUUCAGCCAGACGACCAGCUUCUCAUCAUAGCCAACCAAGGCCUUUGGAAAUGCAUGAGCUACCAAGAAACUGUCGAUGAAAUCAUUGAUAUCCCUGACCCAGUUUUAGCAGCUAAGAAACUGCAGGACUUGGCGCAAGGAUACAGGUCUCAAGAAAAUAUUGGUGUUCUUGUGGUGAGAUUCAUGUUAUCUCCUGCAGAGAAAGGAAAAAUGAGAGAAAUGUUGCAAACUCAGUUUGAAAAUGAACAGCAACUGUUGGCGGAAUUACGAGUGAGAGAUAUUGAAAGAGAAGAAAUGAGAAAGCGAGCUGAGCUAGAAGAAAUGACUGAAAUGGUACCAAUGGAAAUUGUGAAGUUAAAAGGAGCUAAAAAGAGAAAGCAAGUUGGUAUGAUGUUCAAUGGUGUUGAAAGUGGCUUUCAUGAUACGGAUGAAAUUGAUAGAAUGAUUGUACAGCCUUUACCGAAUGACAUUAAUGGAGACCCAACAACAAACUGGGAACUUCUGCUUCAAAAAAGACUUACUGAAGAAGUGAAAGACAAAGAACUCAUUCAUGCUAUGAGAGUUAAUGACUAUGACCCUUACUUUCCUUCACUUGAAUCUGACGAAAAUUGGUCAACAACUACAAAAUUAAAAGGCCAAGUUAAGGAAAGGACAGUAACCUUACCCCCACCAGAUGACCAUGGUAGGUUUGUGAAUGGUCCUCCGCCACCAACACAUUUGCAAAGACGACAAAUCAUUCCAGAAGAAGCGCAAAUAUCAACAGAGUCGCUGGAAUUCAGAAGAGAGUUGAAACAUCCCCUAAAUGUUGACAGGGACGCUAUUUUAUUCCACAAUAUGCAAUUAGACAGACACAAGAAUAUGAACAUGAGUUCAAGAAGCAUAGAUUCCAUACAGUCUGAUCCAUCACAUGUUUCAAACAAACAAAUGUUGUCUAAAGAGAAGAAAUCCUCUUCACACAGUAUAGAAGUUCUGCUUCAUGGCCCCACCGCUGAACAUACAAGACAAAUUUCAUUUGGUGGCUCACAUAAAUUCCAGAAAGAUGGAGUUGUUAAUGCUGAAAAAGACACUGAUUCUUGUCCAACUGAUAUGAAUGAGAAAUUUAGACUUCAAGAGCAAAAAGGUUUCAUUCAAAGGGAAUCAGAGAAAUCAGAUGGUAAAGGCAAACGAAAAAUAGAAAUGGAAGAAGCCGAAAAAGGAACCGACACAAUAAGGAAAGGUAUUGUUAAUGCUGACGAUGAUGAUAACUCUGGCAUGGACAAUUUAACUGAUGAUUUUGAUCACCUAGAUAUUGAUUAUGAAACAAAAGGGCCAGCCGAUGUCAGCAGACAGAUUACCUCUAAAGAAUCAAUUGCGAAAAACAGGGGUGAUAUGGAGAUAAUGAUAACAGGUGAAAAUUUUAGUGCAAAUAACAUGAACAAAUUAGAUUUCAAUAAAAAUGUUUCACUGGAAGAAUUUUCUGAAAAACGUCUAAGAUCAAGCACUGGAGAUAUAUCAGAAAGGAUGGCAAAUCCAAAUUCUGAGGAGGUCACAGAAUUAUAUGCGACAGUGAAAAAGACAAGUGAACAAAAGAAGCAUGCUAAAGAAAACAACAAUCAGAAAGAUGAACAUGUCCAUGCAACGGAACAUGCAGAUCAUAAUUACUCAUUGAGUGGACGGGCAUCACCUCCACUCCAUCACUGGGCUGACAACAAAAAUCUCUCAAGACGUUCAGGAGAAAGGGUGAAAGUGAAUGUAGGUCACUCACCAUCCCUUACUCCUAAAACAAUUCCGAACAAGGACCAAAGUCAUAGUAAUAUGACAAGAGAAAGUGUGACCACUUCUGAGCAACAGAAUGCUACCAGAGAGAAUGAGAUAAUUCCAAAGCCACAUACUGUUGAAAAGACGGUGAUAAAAACACACGGUGCUACUCAUUACUCUGACAAAAGUGUAAUCGGUCAUAAAGGUGCCGAGCUUAUACAACGGACAGGGCAUUCGACAACUGCUGUUUUAAAGGAUAAGCCAACAGUACAUGAAGGUCAUCGAAGAGCGCCUGCACCACCAAUACCACCGAGGGUGCCUUUGAAAUCCACGAUAAAUGGUCAAAACGGUCAUAAUGGUCACACACAAACUGCCCUGCAGUCAGAUAUCAAUUCCAAUUCCAUUAAAAGCCUUGAUGACCUGAUUGCAUACAACAGGAUGCAACAGAAAAUGAGCUACAAGGUGACUCCUAAAGCAGCUCCAACCCCUCCACAAAAAGUGCCUGAAACUACUAUUGUUACAAAAACUGCAAGUCAGAGGAGUAUUGUUAUCACAUACUUGUAAAAACACUGACGUUACAUGGUCUGAUGGUUGUAGAUGUUUUGGUUGACAUCUUCAGCCCCACAGUUUUCUAAAGAUAGCAAGAGGCGAGACAUUGUCCUACACGUUAUGGACAUGUAGUUUUGAUGUUCAAACACCUGUGCCAUAUCUUGAAUCUUAAUACCGUUUAACAUUUUUAUAACAAACUUUGGUACUUUGGUUCUGCCAUUAGGCAUAUAAAAAGUCCCAUAACUCUUGCUAAUCUAUUUUUGAGUAAUGCCUCUUUGACCAACAAACGAAUGUUGUCAUCCACUUCUGUUUCUUUUGUCCUUUUGGAGACAUGUGUAAAUAGUUCAUAUUGAAAGAUUAUCAUGGUGUUUUUGGUCACUAUCAAUCAAAUCAUGGUAAUUUUGCAUUCUUUCUUUUUUAUGUAACAUAUGCUAGUAUGAACAUUUUGAAGUUUUAAUUACUAUGAUAUCUGAACAUCCUUGAAUUAUGAUUGCGUCUUAACUUGACUGUUUUUAUCAUCAAAGACAAUUAUAUAUGUGUAAGUACAGUUUUAUUGAACCCGGUCUUGUUCUUAACACAUGUUGUGCAUUUGGAUUGUUGCUUUUAGAAAUAUAAUGAGUUUUAUGAUACACACAAACUCCUAUGUGUACAUUUAUACCCAAAUUUUUACAAAAACUCAUUUGUGCUGUAUGCUUUAUUAAAGAUAAACUUUAUUACUGAUAUUAAGAGGAGCGUGUUUUAACAUUCAACGAAGAAAGAAGUCUACUAUGCGGGCAUAGUGGUUUUCAGUCUUACAACAUCCGAAGCGCUUUCAACACAUUGGACGCUCGAACGAGCGCUGCGAUUGUUAACAUUUUAGUAACUGAUCGUGUUUGAUCAACAUGGCAACCAUGUAUUCAUAUUUUAACAUAUUCACAAGUAAUAAAAACAUGCAAAAGUGCCCAUUACUGAUUGUAACUUAUAUUCAGCAAUUGAAUUCUUUUAAACUGAAUGAUAUUUAGCACUAAGUAUAUUGAACUGAAUGAUAUUUAGCACACAUAAUAUUGAAGUGAAUAUUUUGCACACAUGAAUUGAGUGAUAUUUAGAACUGAUGAUAUUCAUUCAUUUUUAAUCAUUAUCAAGCAUGCAAUCAACUUAACCUUAGCUGAUUAUUUUACGUGUAUGUCAUUUUAAUAUGUAUAUUGUUGCAAUUUAUCUUUCGUUUGAAUGGCUUAAUUUUAAUCAUUUUCUUUUUUACAAUAUGUGCAUGUAUAUGUAUUAAAAUGCAUGUGAACUUAUUUCAUGAUGAUUAUAUUUUAUAAACUAUAUAUUGUUAUUCAGAAAAUGACGUGCAAUACAACACAAAGCCAAUAUAUAUUAUAAUAAAAUGUGAUGUUUG